CCCUCGCCCACCUCGGGGACGGGAGAAAAAAAAACAAAAACAAAAAACACCUCCAUGACACCGAGGAUCCGAGCAGCUUGUAAACAACUCUGCAGGAAGGCGUGACAUCUCAGACAACUGCCCCAGCGUCGAGCCCUGCAAACCCGGAGGCUUUCCAGCAAACUGUCGCUCACCUGUCCCGUCGACAGGCCGUUUCAAUGCAUCACAGAGCCGCGAAAACACCGAGGAGACUAUGGAUGUGUACGAUCUGUUUAGCAGCUGCAGAAAGGGCGACAUUUUUAGAGUCAGAUACCUCGUUGAACAAAGAGACGUGGAGCUCAAUGUAAGAGAUAAAUGGGACAGUACCCCGCUGUAUUACGCCUGCCUCUGUGGUCAUGAGGAACUGGUCGAGUACCUGUUGGCUAGUGGUGCCAAGUGUGAAGCCAACACAUUUGAUGGCGAGAGGUGCUUGUACGGCUCCCUGAGUGACUCAGUUCGACGCCUGCUCAAAGAUUACAAGUGUGUCAGUGCCCGCACUAUGCAGCGGGAUGAUUUCAACUACUUCCUGCAGAUGUUACUUGAGCAGGGCCAACACAGUGAUGUCAAGUUCCUGGUUCAUGGUCAGACAUUUCAGGCCCACCGCUGUGUACUCAGCGCACGCUCCGAGUACUUCACUGAAAUGUUUGAGAGCAAAUGGAAGGGAAAGAACUUGAUAACUCUCAAACACCCUUUGAUCCACCCUGCAGCCUUUGGAGCCAUCCUGCAGUAUUUCUACACAGGAGGAAUGGACAUCGAUAUAAGCCUCGUGGAGGAGUGCAGACGGAUUGCUAAACAGUGCAAGAUGACAGAUUUUAUAGAGGAGCUGGAGAAUAAAUGUAAACACGUGUAUGACUUUGUGUCCAACAAGCCAGGAAUCUGUGUGAAAGUCCUGACUGUGGAGACUCAGAGCUGUCAGCUCGCGGAGGAGAUGGCUCAGUUAGCAGACUGUGCUCUGCCCACUGAACUAAGAGUUGGAUUUGGAGAACUUCCCUUCAACAGAGUCGACCUCUUCCCUACUUAUCCCGACCUCUGCUUCAGAGUGGAUGGUUAUGAUUUUUUGUGUCAUAAGGUGUUUUUCUCCGGGCGUAGCGACUACUUUAAAGCCUUACUGCUGGAUCACUUCAGUGAGGGAGGGCAGUUGCAGUCGCUGCCCAGCACUCCAGUGAUCACUUUACACAACAUCUCCCAUGAAGUCUUUAUCCAUGUCAUGUAUUACAUCUACAGUAAUACCACAGAGCUGACGACGGAGAACGUGUUGGACGUGCUGUUUGUGGCUGACAUGUAUCUGCUGACGGGGCUGAAGCGUCUGUGUGGGAAGACACUCGGUAUGACUAUAUGUGAAGAUAACGUCCUGUACAUUUUGAAGACGGCCAAGCUUUUCCGUCUCUCCCGGCUGGAGGAUCAAUGCACUGAGUACAUGGCCAAGAUCAUUGAGCGGCUGGUGGAGCAGCCUGAGUUUGCAGAGAUCAUCAAAGAGGACGCCGCAUCGCUUGAUGACCGUCACGAGUCCGACUCCGUCCCCCUGGUGGAUGAAAUCCGCUACCACAUUACAAGCAACGUACAGACAUACAGCGCCAUCGAGGAGGCCAACCAGAAGCUGGAGGCCUUAGAGGAGCUGCUGUCCAGCAUUAAUAUUGACUGUUGAACUGUUUGAGGUUUUCGAGGUGCAUUUUUUGUCAGGGGGCUUACAGUGGGCGAAUCUGUAGCCCGGAACAAAAACAAUGAGAUGAGAAGAAAACAUAUGUUUCUGUAUGUUUGUAGGUUUUAUUUCUUUUACAGUAUAUUUUACAGAGUAUAUAUUUUGGUGGGAGCUGGUUGUGAUGAGUAGCGGCAGAUUUGUAUGUUGACUGCUCUCAGUUUGUUUAAGAUAUACCAUGUGUGGGGAAAUACAUUAGUGGUUUAUUAUGUAUUUACAACGGAUUAUCAUUGUAUAGCAAAUGCAUGAAUUUACUUUACACAUCAUUUGUAGCUGCUGGGAUAGCCGCUUAUUUAGCGUUUUUAAAACAUGGUUUGGCCCCAAUGACGUUCAGCACCGGCACUUAUAAUGAAGCUUGGAAUUUUACUUUGACAGUAACUGAAAGCAGAGUGAGUCCAUGCCAUGCACUGGCUCACACUUGAGAACUAUUGGUAACUAGGUCAAAACCUAGUACAUGGCUGGAUUCUGUGUCGUCGUUUGAGGACGUUGCUUAAAAAUUAUUGUGAAACUGCAGCUCAGAGUUUUGUACUUAGGGAGCUGGCAGGGUGAAGUCUGUUCACGGACAUUCUGGGAUGUUGUGUUGGACUGUGGUCGAGUCAGAAGAAGUGUGCGUUGACUUCAUUUGUCCUGAAAAUAUUUUUAAUUUCAGCUUUUAUUUUCAAGUUGCAUAGAAUAUGGUUUUAUGAUAUUUUACUUCCUGCACAGCAGCAGUGAAGAUGAACUGCAGUUUUUAUUUUCUGUUUGACUGGAUUUAGUGACUUUAGUUCACCUCACUAUUCAACCAAUGACAUUCCUCAAGUGUGAACACUUACAGUACAUUAACCCCUCCCCCUCGACAUACUCUUGCACUUUGUGUAAAUUCAAAAAUGAUGAAUCUAUUUCCCGCAGCUCUGUAUCACAGCAUACCUUUCUUACCCAGUUUGUCCACCAGAAAAAUGAAGCUGUUACUCUACUGUUUGCACGUUAGAUUUACCAUCGACACAGCAAAAUAUUUAAAGGUUUGUUUUUGAAAACGUCCUGAUGUGCCUGCUGUUAGAAAAAUGAAUAAAUAACAGCUUUGGAUUUUUGAAAUUAAACGUGGUACAGUGAG